AUGGUGAUAAAAAUAUCCUGGGAAUUGAGGGGAAUUAAUCAGGUGUACAUAAUUGGAGGGGAUGGAACUCAAAAGGGUGCAUUAGUAAUAUAUCAGGAAGUAAGAAAACGAGGCCUUAAGGUUUCAGUUAUGAGAAUUCUGAGAACAAUUGAUAAUGACAUUACAGUAUACAUACCUUAUUCAUUCUCAAUUUUAUCCUUGGCAUCUUUCCAAAACAAUUCAGCUGGUGUUCUUGUGAAACUGCUUAUUCUGAUGAUGGUUUUUGCUAUGGAUUCUUCAGUUGCUACUGAUCCUAACAAUGAUAAAGAUUAUACGGAUGUAUAUUUGGAAAGGACAAUGAGCAAUCAACUAUUUGCUCAUUUGGAGGUUGCUGCCGAUGUUGGUUCAUCAGGUGCUGCUGUUGAUGUUGGUUCAGUAGGGCCUGCUGCUGAUGUUGGUUCGACAGGUCCUGCUGCCGAUGUUGGUUCAGCAAGGCCUGUUGUUGAUGUUGGUUCAUCAGAGGUUGUAGUGGUAGAAGAGAAGCUCAGUGAAAAGAAGCAGAUUAGAAUCAAAUUAGUUGGUACUAAGGGUAAAGGGAAAAAGGUUGAAAAAGGAUUGAAAGAAAAACAGAAGAUUAAGCUGGAGGAGACGAAAUCCAGCAACGAAGGGGAAGAUUUGAAGUCUCAUGUUUAUGGGACAUUACAUAGUUGGAUGUCCCCUUCAUCCAUAGUUCAAGUUAUUGAAAAAUGUUUAAAAAAUCAGUUGAAAGCUAUUAGAGCAAUAGGAUUCGGGUCUAUGGAGUUCUUGAAGAGAUAAGAGAGUGAUUCAGCAAUGGAAGAAGCAAUUCAAAAACAACUCACUCUCUAUCAAAAUAGGGGAGCUGAAAGAAUUUCUGAAAGAGCAUAACUCAGUUGGUCUUAUGUUCAAAAGGAACUUUGUAGUGCUAUGCGUGUCUACAUUGAUGGAUGGUAAACUUCUUAUUUUUAUUUUGCUUAUUUUUAGUUAUAGUUAGCACUUAGCAGUUGUGUGCUAUAUAUAGCAAUUAUAUUGCCUAAGUUGUUGGUCAAAUAUGUAUAGAAUCAGUUA